CCGCGCUGCCCCCGGCUCAGCGCGGGCUCAGAUUCCUUUUGUGCGGUGCAAGCGGCCGCUGAAACUUUAAUGAAGCCACCGGAUCGCCGGGCCCGCCGCUCGGCUCGCCCCGCUGGCCGCGGCUGCCGCCGGCUCCGGUCCCACCGAGCCCCCCGCCAUGGCCCAGAGCUUCUGGCGGCUCUCCAAAGCCAAAGUGCUGCAGAGCCUGGGGGGGCCGCGCCCGGACGGGACCCUGCAGGACGAGGGAGACCCCCCCGAGCUGAUGGAGACAUCCGAGUCCCCCGCGCUGCUGGAGGAGGGGGCCAGCCCCGUGUCCCAGCUGGCCCGCAAGGUGCAGGGGGUCGGUGCCCGCGGCUGGCGGACGCUCUCGUCCCUCUUCACCCGCGAGGACGAGCACCAGCUGCUCAGCCCGGAGCCCUGCCCGGACCACCCUCUGGCCGCCGAGCCGCCCGAGGUGCCCCACAGCGAGAAGGCUCCUGGGUUUUGGGAUCUCUUUGCUACCAAGUGGCAGCAGGCGUCGGGGCAGGACAAGGGGGUGCCGCCCCCCGAGCCGGACGAGAGCCCGGGGGAGCCUCCGGGUGACGACGGCAGCGACCUGCGGGAGCCAGAGGAAGGGGCCUUCCACUGGGGCUUCCUGGCUGGCAAACUGGCCGAAAUCCGGAAUAAAACCGCCCCCAAGGGCAACUAGAGGAGGAUGCA